CUCUGUUUCUCUUCUCUGUUCUGUGCUUUCUGUCUCGAUAUGGCAAAAGCCUCCACCUUCAAACGCCAACUCUCUUGUUCAGUUCCAAUCUGAUUACUAUAUUUGUCGUUUUUUUCCCCUUAAUUUUGUAAAUACAUCUGUAAAUUUGCAAGAAAUCAUGUUUCAAAGAAAAAAAAUAUAAAAAGCUUGAUUAUUUUGUUUUGCUUUGUUUUUUUAAUAAAAUUCGAGGAAAUGGGUUUCUAGUUUUGAUCACGAAACUUUAACUUUGGAGCCUUUUUAGCAAAACCCGUUUAUUUUUUUUAUCAAUCUUAAGCUGAUACCCAGCCUUAAGUUUUCAUCUCUUUCUCUUUCUCUUUUUUAUUUUUUGUUUUUGAUCGCAAAAAACCAGAACCUUCGAGGCUUUGAAGCAAAACCCAUUUCAUGUUAUAUCAAUCUUAAGCUGAUUCCCAGUUCAAGUUUCAAUACUUGAGGUUAAUGGGUUCUUAGUUUCGAUCACAGAAAUCAAAGCUUUUGAGCCUGUGGAAAACCCAUUUUCAACAUAUCAAUUUUGAGCUGAUCAUCAUCUUCAAAGAUGAUGUCUAUGCUGAAAAACCCAGAUUUCACUGAGGACUUAGGGAAGCUUAUUAGGGACCAAAAGCAUCAAGAUGGGGCAACCGACAGUAUAUCGAGUGAUCUAGAGAAGGAACUGAACAUUUAUAGAAGUGGCUCAGCUCCUCCUACUGUGGAAGGUUCAUUGAACUCAAUUGGUGGCUUAUUUAACAGUAAAGGUGGAAUCUUGAGUGAGGAGGAGCUCAGGGCUGAUCCAGCCUAUGUGAACUACUAUUAUUCCAAUGGGAAUCUGAACCCAAGAUUGCCUCCUCCACUGUUGUCAAGGGAGGAUUGGAGGUUUGCUCAGAGGUUGCAAGGAGGGAAUGGGAAUAAUGGGAACAAUGGGAGCGAUGAGAAUAGGUCACUUUUUGCGGUGCAGCCAGGGUUUGGAGAGGAGGAGGAGAAUGGUGGUGGUGGUAGUGGGGUAAAGUGGGGAGGAGGAGAUGGGUUGAUAGGGCUGCCUGGGUUGGGGGGUCUGGGAACUAGGCAGAAGAGCAUUGCUGAGAUCUUUCAGGAUGAUAUAAAUCAUGUAACGAAUGCCUCAAGGCACCCAUCUCGUCCAGCUAGCCGCAAUGCAUUUGAUGAUGGAAAUGGAAGUUCUGAAGCCCAAUUUGCUAAUCUGCAUCAUGAAUUAACAUCUGUUGAUGCUUUACGCUUUAGUGCAAAUAAACCAGGAAUGCCUUCAGUCCAAAAUGUUGGUUCCUCAGCUUCUCAUACUUAUGCUUCUGCUUUGGGUCUAUCCUUGUCAAGAAGUACCACCCCUGAUCCUCAACUUGCAGCUAGGGCUCCUAGUCCUCGCAUUCCACCCAUUGGUGGCCGGUCUAGUUCCAUGGACAAAAGAAGUGUGACCGGUUCAAAUUCAUUCAAUGGUGUCAGUUCCAACAGUUUUAAUGGUAUCUCAGCAAGUGUGGGUGAGUCUGCAGAGCUAGUUGCUGCUUUGUCUGGCUUGAAUCUGUCAACAAAUGGUGUGAUAGAUAAAGAGAAUCAUUCACGGUCACAGGCUCAUCAUGGAAUUGAUGACAACCAGAAUCUCAUCAAUCGACAGGUUGAUCAGAAGCAUAUCAAACAAAAUUCAUACCUGAAUAAGUUGGAACCUGAACAUUUUCAUUCACAUUCUAUUGCUCAGUCUGCUAAAGGACCCUAUUUGAAUAUGGGUAAAAGCAGUGGAGUUGGUAUGGACUUUAAGAAGUCUUCUUUAAUGGCUGAUGGACAGGUUGAACUCCGUAAAUCUGCUAACUCAUACUCGAAGGGAUCUUCUACACCCACAGUCAAUGGUGCAGGAAGUCCUCCGAACCACCAGAAUCUGGAUAACAUGAAUUCUCCAUUUCCAAACUAUGGCUUAAGUGGCUUCUCUAUAAAUCCUUCAUCACCCCCCAUGAUGGGAAACCAACUUGGGACUGGUUCUUUGCCACCUUUAUUUGAAAAUGUUGCUGCUCUGUCUGCAAUGGGAGGAACUGGCUUGGAAUCUAGAGCACUGGCAGGAGGUUUGGCUAUGAAUCCAAAUUUGAUGGCUGCAGCAGUGGAACUGCAGAAUCUUAGUAGAUUGGGAAACCAUAAUUCAGGAAAUGCUCUCCAAGCACCACUCUUGGACCCAUUGUAUCUUCAGUACUUGAGAUCAAAUGAAUUAGCUGCUGCACAGGUUGCAGCUCUCAAUGAUGCCAUGGUUGAUAGGGAGUACAGUGGUAAUUCAUACAUGGAUUUGCUUGGUAUUCAAAAAGCUUACUUAGGGGCACUUCUUUCACCACAGAAAUCAUACUAUGGAAAUCCUGCGCUUGCUCUUGGCAUGUCAUAUCCUGGAAGUCCCCUAGCAGGUCCCCUUUUUCCAAACUCUGCUGUAGGGUCUGGAAGUCCUGUCCGACACAGUGAGCGAAACAUGCGCUUUGCUUCUGGGUUGAGGAAUGUGCCUGGUGGAGUCAUGGGGGCUUGGCAUUCAGAAGCUGCUGGUAACUUGGAUGAAAGUUUUGCAUCCUCUUUGCUAGAUGAAUUUAAAAGCAACAAAACUAAAUGUUUUGAACUUUCAGAAAUUGCAGGUCAUGUUGUUGAGUUCAGUGCCGAUCAGUAUGGGAGUCGAUUUAUUCAGCAGAAACUUGAGACAGCCACAAUAGAAGAGAAAAAUAUGGUUUUCCAUGAAAUCAUGCCCCAAGCACUUUCUUUAAUGACUGAUGUGUUUGGUAAUUAUGUGAUUCAAAAGUUUUUUGAGCAUGGAUCUGCAUCCCAAAUAAGAGAACUGGCUGACCAGCUGACUGGGCAUGUGUUGACGCUUAGCCUUCAAAUGUAUGGCUGUCGAGUGAUUCAGAAGGCUAUAGAGGUUGUUGAGCUAGACCAGAAGACUAGAAUGGUCAAAGAGCUUGAUGGACAUGUUAUGCGCUGUGUACGUGAUCAAAACGGGAACCAUGUUAUCCAGAAGUGUAUAGAAUGCGUACCUGAAGAUGCUAUUCAGUUUAUUGUUUCAACAUUUUACGAUCAAGUUGUGACACUAUCCACUCAUCCAUAUGGUUGUCGAGUGAUUCAGAGAGUCCUAGAGCAUUGUCAUGAAGCAAAAACCCAACAUAUAAUGAUGGAUGAGAUUUUGCAGUCUGUUUGCAUGUUGGCUCAAGACCAAUAUGGGAAUUAUGUUGUACAGCAUGUUCUGGAGCAUGGGAAACCACAUGAGCGCUCUGCAAUAAUCAAGAAACUAACUGGGCAGAUAGUUCAAAUGAGCCAGCAGAAGUUUGCAUCUAAUGUUAUAGAAAAGUGUUUAACUUUUGGAACUCCUGUAGAACGCCAAAACCUGGUCGAUGAGAUGCUUGGUUCCACUGAUGAAAAUGAGCCCCUUCAGGUGAUGAUGAAAGAUCAGUUUGCAAACUAUGUUGUACAGAAAGUGCUGGAAACCUGUGAUGACCAGCAGCUUGAAUUAAUUCUCAACCGAAUAAAGGUUCACUUGAAUGCUUUGAAGAAGUAUACUUACGGGAAGCACAUAGUUGCACGUGUAGAGAAACUUGUUGCAGCUGGAGAGCGGAGGAUCAGCAUUCUGACUCCAAACCCGGCAGCUUAGAUGGUGUAGGAAAUGAACUUGUUGUACAGCUAACUGGGGUUAGUAUGAGCGCCUCUCUCUUUCUUCUUUCUUUUUCAUGUCUAAUGACAGCCCCGUCUAUUUUUUUGGGAUAGAUGGGAGCUGGUUGAAAAUAAAUAUUGUCGGUUGUACUUAAAACUGUACAUUGUAGUUGGAGGAUAUACCUAGAAUCAGGUUAGCUGAGGCUCAGAUGGUGAACAAGCUGAGGCCUUUAUCUGCAGAGGAGAUAAAAAGUUAUUGUACACGUUUUAAGGUUGUAAAAAGGGAGCAGGUAGUAAAUUUGUGAUCAUGACUGUACAAAUUUAUCAGGUUGAGAGAGCCUUUGUGUUUAGGAGUCUGGAAUUUUUCUUCUGUAUGGAAUUAUCUUUUUCCUGAUUUAAUGAACUUUUCCCAUACCG